GCAAUUUUUAAUUUAUAGAUAUGAUCCAGCUGUAGAAAUUAAUAUAUUGAUAUUUGUAUGAGAAUGAUUUUCCAAAAUAUGUGAGUUACUAUGUUGACUUGAAGAAGAUACCCCCUAUGCAUUUGGAUGCAUUCUUGUACAUCAAAGACAAUUAUGAUUCAUCUCUCUCUUUACGUCGUUCAUGCAGAGAGGGUAUCUGUGGAUCUUGUUCUAUGAAUUGCAAUGGUCUUCAUAAGUUGGCAUGUAUCCAUGCAAUAUACUGAUUUAACUUAACCAGCUUAUAUCACUCCAUUAAGUCAUAUGUGUGUAGUAAAAGAUCUUGUUGUUGAUAUGACCAACUUUUAUACUCAAUAUAAAACUAUUGAUCCCUAUUUGAAAAGAAAGACUCCAAAAGUAUGAGAAUCUAAUUUUAUCUUUUUAGGAAGGAAAUAAGGAAUACAUCUAAUCAGUUGAAGAUAGAAAGUUAUUGGAUGGACUUUAUGAAUGUGUAUUGUGUGCAUGUUGUUCAACUUCUUGUCCUUCAUAUUGGUGGCAUCCAGAUAGAUAUCUUGGUCCAGCUGUUCUUAUGUAAGCCUACAGAUGGAUUGUAGAUUCAAGAGAUGAAUAUACAGAUGAAAGAUUAGAAAAAUUGGGUAUAAUAAUAAUUAUAUAUGCAUUUAGCUGAGGAUGUAAAGAUAAAGGAUUGUUAAAAUAUUGGUAUGUGUUCUUUUACGUGUCCAAAGGGACUUGAUCCACAGAAAUCAAUGUAUCAUUUAAUGAAAUUGAUAGAAGAAUAAAAAGAAAGAAAGAUUUCAUCAGCCACAUUAUGA